AACAACAGUCUCCCACAGACUGAAUCCCUUUCAGCUCCCCCGCCUCCCUCCGUACAGCUGCAAUCAUGAUAAAAGCCAUUUUAAUAUUCAACAACCAUGGGAAACCAAGGCUUUCUAAAUUCUACGAGCAUUAUAGUGAAGACACAGAGCAACAGAUCAUCAGGGAAACCUUCCACUUGGUCUCAAAAAGAGACGAGAACGUCUGUAAUUUCCUAGAAGGUGGAAUGUUGAUCGGAGGAUCAGACUACAAGCUGAUCUACAGACAUUAUGCCACACUCUACUUUGUGUUUUGUGUGGACUCCUCAGAGAGUGAACUUGGUAUUUUAGACUUAAUCCAGGUCUUUGUGGAAACGCUGGACAAAUGUUUUGAGAACGUCUGUGAGCUUGACUUAAUUUUCCAUGUAGACAAGGUUCACAAUAUUCUGGCAGAGAUGGUGAUGGGCGGGAUGGUCCUGGAGACCAACAUGAAUGAAAUCAUCACACAGGUGGAUGCCCAGAACAAGAUGGAGAAGUCUGAGGCCGGUAUUGCAGGAGCACCUGCUCGUGCUGUAUCAGCUGUAAAGAACAUGAACCUCCCGGAAAUGCCCAGAAACAUCAACAUUGGUGACAUCAGCAUUAAAGUGCCAAAUUUACCCUCCUUCAAAUAGUGGCAGCGAGAUCCUGAACCUGCAGAUGUCCGCCAAUGUUUACUGUGAUGCAAUCUGUUUACCAAAACCUCAAAUUAAUUAACUUUUAAAAACUUAAUAUCUUGAAGGUACUGUGUGAUUUGACACUCCUUGUUCUAGUGUUAUCUCUUUGUUUUUCCGAUUAAGAAAAGAGUGCGAUUUAUUUUGGUUUUUUUUUUGUUUUGUUUUUUUUCAAGGAAAACAUAAAAAGUAUUUAUUUAUCAGUGAUACAUUCCUUCUGCCUCGCUGGGGGUUGGCCCUUUAGCUGCUACGGUACAGAUCUGUGUCAGUUUGUAACUGAAAUUAUUUCACUGACUCAGAGGUUUAAUUUAAGGAGAAAGUGUGGCAGGUAGUGAAGUUUGGGGAUAUUGUUAUUGGUUUGGUUAUUCCAGACUAGAAAAAUCAAUUAGUGGAGGAGCAUGGAAGAGCAUGAAAACAUUGAAAAUAUUCAGCUACCAAAUUGGAGCAGGUCUGCUACAGUAUUGAAAGUUAUACAUUACAACUCAUUUGUAAAAUCAGUGCAAAAGGUAAAGAGUAUUAUUAUACUGCAGAUAUGCUGUGUGAAGUAGAAAUAUGAAUAUAUAUGCUGAAAUGUUUUUUUUCUUAUUUGUAUGCAAGAUAUUUUUAAAUGAUUUGUGUCUUAUCAAAUAUUUCUCUUAAUUUGAAUCUGUGCAUGACUUUUUUCUCUUCUUUUUCAACAUAAUAAACUGUCGAAACUC